AUGGCCGACCACCACGAGGAUGAUCUCGCCGCCCAGCGGACUGAGGGCUUCAAAGUGGGCGAGAAGAAGACUCUGCAGGAGUAUCAGGAGCUGGACAAGGACGAUGAAGCGAUGAAUCGGUGGAAGGCCUCUCUGGGUCUGAACUCUGGCGAGCCCAUCGGCCAGCCCACCGACCCUAAGUGCUUGAUCAAGUCUCUCGCCAUGGUCACCGCCGGCCGCCCCGACGUUGUCAUCGACCUGUCCUCGCCCGGUGCGGUAGACAGCCUCAAGAACAAGCCCUUCACCAUCAAGGAAGGUGCCAAGUUCCACAUCAAGGUUGUCUUCCAAGUCAACCACGAGGUUCUCAGUGGCCUCAAGUACAUCCAGGUUGUCAAGCGCAAGGGUAUCCGUGUGAGCAAGGACCAGGAAAUGCUUGGCAGCUAUGCGCCCAACACGACUCACAAGCCUUCCUAUACCAAAGAGUUCAACGAGGAAGAGGCUCCUUCCGGCAUGCUCGCUCGCGGGCACUAUAACGCGGUCUCCAAGUUCGAUGAUGAUGACAACAACACCCAUUUGCUGUUUGAGUGGUCCUUUGACAUUGCCAAAGACUGGUAA